UUGAGGACGUAGACAAGAGCGAGAAUCUCCCAGACCGUCAGCCCGCGGAGCGACCAUCACGCACAGGAGGCGAAGAACGACCCGCAAACACUUGGAAAGUGAAUUAAAAACCUCCCGGACGACCAAAACUACAAGAAGACAAGAUGGUGGCCAAGCAGAGGAUCCGAAUGGCGAACGAGAAACACAGCAAGAACAUCACUCUGCGAGGAAACGUGGCCAAGACAACGAGGAACGCCAGCGAUGAUAAAGGAGUUGGUCCCUGGCUGCUCGCACUCUUCAUCUUCGUCGUCUGUGGAUCCGCCAUCUUCCAGAUCAUCCAGAGCAUCAGGAUGGGCAUGUAGUGAUGUCACAGCACAGGGGGGGCGGAGCUUCGAUGGCGAGCGGCUGACAAACCCCAAAACAUCGUCAGGCUGCAGCGCAUCGCGUCUCUCCCACAGGCCCUGAACGCACCGCGACAUUCCUGAACUCUGGCAGCCUAUCCUGCACACACACACACACACCAAUCAACAACACACACACACACACACACACACACUCAGCCCCUCCUCCCCCACACACACACACACACACACACACACACACUGGUUCAGCAUGACCUUCUCAUGUCUCUGGAAACAGAGGCACAUGUGCCUUCUUCUCUCUGCUGAUCUUAAGCCCCGCCCCCUCCCUCUGAUGACAGCCUAUCAGAGGGAGGGGAGGGGGCGGGGCUAAAGUCCAAACUGCCCCGUGUGAUAAGGUUGUAGAAUCUGGCGAUAGAUUAAAGAGACGGUAAAAUGUGUUCUCAGUAUUCAGAUAAUCCUCUCGAGACCAAACCCACAUUCCAGCUGAUCUCUGAUCUCAGAGCUGAUCUGAGAUCUGAGAUCUGAGAUCAGUUCCUCCGUUUGGAGCCUUUUUUUUAAUGGUUUUUGUUGCCUUGUUGUUAAAGCUGGAUGAUGUCAUCAUUUACAACGCGACAAUGUGACAGAGAAACAUUUUAAAAAGACACAAAUGUUGAAAAAGAAGUCAACUUUUUUUAUUUUAAUUUUUCUGACAUUUUUGUUGUUUUUCCAACUUUCUGGAGACUCUCUCUCCAGCUGUGUCUCAUCUUCUCUUACUCCCUCCUCUUCCUCUUCUCCCUCCUCUUCCUCAGUGAAAGCGAUGCGAUUGGCUCUUUUGAAUCAGAAGGUGUGGUCGUUGUGGGCGUGUCUGCACCGUGUGCAGCGUCGCCUCAACUUCCUGUUUCACUCAAUAAAGUUUCAUUGUGGAGA